AUGGCAGCCCACAGUGAAGCUCUCGUGGCUGCGAUGUUGACAGAAUUUCAGACUGCUACAAAACGACCAGAGGAAUUUUUAGGAAUUCAGCCUGCUGUUGCCAAAAAGUUCAGACUUGCAACAAAGACAAUAUAUGACUUCAUUAAAGAAUCAGAGAAUUCUUCAAACAAUGCCUUGCCAGAGUUAAUUGUUGACAAUUUUGAUGAUGAGCAAAUCUGGCAAGAACUAGAAUUACAAAAUGAGUGUGUAAUUAGUUCAUUGAUUAAAAGUGUUUCUCAAGCUGUCGCAUGUAAGAACAUUGGAUUUAAGAUUGUGCAGAAUGCAGACAAGAAAAAUUGCAAGACUGCAGGCUCAGUGAAGGAAAGUGAUGUUUUGGAGGAAUCCAGUGAGGACGAUGUAGCAGAUGAGGUAGAAGAGAAAACUGAAAGUGAUACAGACACUGAAAUAAACAAAAUUAAAUCCCGUUUAAAAUCAAAUACACUAGAACAGUCAGAUGAUGACGGUGAUUCAGAUGAAUUAGACUUUGACUUUGGUGGAUUUGAUGAAGACAAUGGAGACGAUAACGAAGAUGAAGAACCAAAGACAAAGCCAAAAGACAGAUACUUUAUAGAUGAUGAAUCCAAACCUAAUAGUAGACAAUCAAGUAAACAUGGAAAAAUGCAGAAAUCUAGUAGUGUGGAUGACAAGUUCUUCAAGCUGUCACAGAUGGAAAUCUUUCUGGAGGAAGAGGACAAGAAAGAGGCAGAGCGAAUUCGGACAGAAGAUGAGAACAGAAACUCAGAAGAUGAAUCUGAUGAUGAAUCUAGAGAUGAAGAUGUGAACAUUUUCGGGGAUUUGUCCUCUGAUGAAGAUGAAACUCAGGUAUGUUUGGUUUUGUUUCUUAUCAAGGACUGGUUCAUUAGAAAUUCAGUAAAUGUAUGGACCAACCCACAAACAUGUGUGAAGUUUUACUUAGAAGGCUGUUUGAAAAGAUUGCUGACCUGCCAUGGCUUCUUACGUUUUCAGGGGAAAACUUCCAGAGAGAUGAAAUAUUCAGACUUUUUCCUCGCCCCAGAAGGAGAAAAGGAAACUGGAGAUGACAAAGAAGAAGCUGAUUAUAUAAAAUUAGAACAGAAAAAAUUUCGUUUUGCAGAGUCAUUGGACAACUCUGGAGAAGACAGGUAUAGUUCAUACACACUAUUAUAUUUUAAUACUAGAGAGCACUUUGCUGUAGAAGUUCAUACAAUUCAUGGCACUAGGAAGACAGAUUUUAAAAAACAAUUCACUAAACGAGUUAGAAAUUCAGAUGAAGAUGAAGCUAGGAACACAGAGCUGCCGGCAGAUUCUGAGAGUGAGGGUGAAGACGCAGAGGACAUCCUUGGCAGAAGACAGAAAGAGGAGCCGUCAUUUGAAAAACGACAAGAUCGGUUAAAGAAGAAAAUAUCUGAUCUGGAAGAAGCCAGUUUGGCUGAAAAACCAUGGCAACUGGCUGGUGAAGUGUCCAGUGCUAAAAGACCAGAAAACAGUUUGCUGGAGGAGUUCUUACAGUUUGACCAAACUACUAAACUGCCCCCUGUUAUCACAGAAGAGACCACUAAAAGUAUAGAGGAUAUUAUCAGACAGAGGAUUAAAGAUCAGGCUUGGGAUGAUGUUGAGAGAAAAAUCAAACCAAAAGAGGACCCAUUUGAGUACAAAAAGCGUAUCGUGUUAGACCAGGAGAAGAGUAAACAGAGCUUAGGAGAGAUUUACGAGAAGGAGUACCUUAAACAGCAGCAGAAAGAAGAGGUGGAGACCAAAGAUCCUGAUCAUGAGGAGAUUAAGAAGGAGAUGAGGGAUCUGUUCAUCAAGCUGGAUGCUUUAUCUAACUUCCACUUCACCCCCAAACCUGCUGCUCCAGAAAUAAAAGUGAUCUCUAACCUGCCGUCCAUCAACAUGGAAGAGGUGGCCCCAGUAGUGGCCAGUGAUGCUACACUUCUCGCCCCAGAGGAAGUUCAGGACAAAGUCAAAGGGGAAACUAAAGGUCAGACAGAGAAAACAGAAACAGAUCGCAAACGAGAAAGACGAGAGAAGAAGGCAGCAAAACGAGAACGGCAGAAGGAACGUGCGAAACGACAGAAGCUGUUGACUAAGCUUCACCCUGGGCUAGGGAAUAAAUACAGCAAGGAGAAAGCCAUGAAAGAGCUGGAGAAGAGCAGUAAACAGAACAGCGCUGUGAAAAUCAUCAAGGAUGAUAAAAAACAAAAGAAGUCUUCAACUUCAUCUAAAACAUUCUUCACCCAACUGCAAGAAGAGGUUGUGUCCCAGAUAUCAAAGCGAAAACUGGAGAAAGGAAAAAAAUUGAAGAUGACAGAGAAAUCCUCAAAAAAACUGAAACUAUGAUUCAUAAGCAACUGUAAAUCACUUCACUCAACAAUGCUAUUUUCCUUAUUUCUAGUGUUGUGUUUUUUACUGUGACAAUUACUGUAUUAUUUGUUAUGAAUCUGGUACUUUUGCUUUGAAGUGUGGAAUCAGAUAUAAGUUGAAUGACCAUUCAUCUCUUGUAAUUCAGGACCUGAUUGUUCAAAAGUGUAUUUGCUAAUACAGGUACAUGUAUAAGUUCUAUUUUAAAUUCAAUAUUUUAGCCAAAGUCAGCAGCUAAUGC